AUGCAGCCUGCGGCCUCUGCCCAAGCCGCGUCGCAUUCUGCGGGGGAGAUUCAGGCGAGGGUCGGUGGCUGCGGCGAGGAGGAGGAGGAGGAGGAUGAAGCGAUGCAGUUGCUGACCAUCGUAACCGGCGAUCUCAUCUCCGGCUACGUGGCUCACCUGACGCAGCAGACGGAGCAGCAUCCUGUGCAGCAGCAGCAGCAGGGUCUGCAGCAGGGGCUGCAGCAGCAGCUGCAGCAGUUGCAGCAGCAGCUCCCGGCGGUGCAGCAACAUCUCCUGCUGUCGCAGCAGCAGCAGCAGCAGUGGAUGGAGAAGCUCUGGCAGCAGCAAUUCCAGCACAUGCAGCAGGUGCAGGAGCAGCUCCAGCAGACCUCCCGGCGGCUGGUGCGGAUGCGUGUGGAGCUUCUGCAGGAGGCGCUGGACACCCGAGGAGACGCGUUGCUGGCGGAGUUCGAAGCCUCCAUCCCAGACUUUGUGAGGCGCGCGGAGGAGCUGGCGAAGCAAGUGGACCCGCGCCGGCUGGUCAUGACCCUGGCUUGGCAGGUUCUCACCGCGGGGCCCAUGAGCUGGGGCUGCGUGCUGUCCAUGGUGGUGUUUUGCGCGCUGCUCGUCAAGAACCUGAGGGCCUCCGGUCGUCUGGGCGACUCGGAGGAGACUUGGCCCUUGACGGACGCGGUGGCCGCUGUGCUGUUGACCACACGCAAGACCUGGCUCAUGGAACAGGGAGGCUGGGAGGGCUUCCUGCGAGCGUUCGGGCCGGGGACGCCCACCUAGGAGAGGAGCCGUAGACGCCGAGCUCCGACGGGCAGCGACAGUGAAGACGAGAAGAGAGACAGAGACUUUGGACUUGUACACAACUUUUAUUGCCGCCAGCAGCAACAGCACUGGAGGCGAUUCCGAUAUGAAAUACACAAAGUCACCAGCAAACAAACGAAUGAACGCUGUAAAUCCACACGCUGUGGCACU